CUUUUUCUCCGGGAAGUAAUUUGUUGACGCACUCAGGCAUCUAUCCAUUAGGCAGGCUAGUAAAACUAAUUUCGAUGCUUUUUCCUUCAGAAUUAAAACAUAAUUCCUUGUUUAAAGGCAAACAUUUAAAAUGUCAGAAAACCACGUGUCAGGAAUGGAGGCGGCCGCCGUUUCCGUGCUAAAACGGGCGGUGGAGUUGGACCAAAGCGGGCGCUUUCAGGAGUCCCUGGUCUGUUACCAGGAGGGCAUACAGCUACUUAUGGACGUACUGAAAGUUUCAAAAGAUGAGUCAAAGAGAGGACACUACAGGGAGAAGAUCAAGGGCUACAUGGACAGAGCAGAGCAAAUAAAGGCUCAUGUAAAUCAGAUGAAAGAAGAUGGAAAAUACCACGAGCAGAUAAAAAUUUCAGGCGAUGCCACUGGUUACAGCUACGAAACUUUGUUCAAACCCUACAUCAGCAACACUCUCACUGAGGUUUGGGUGGAGGACCCAUACGUACGGCACACACAUCAACUCUACAACUUCUUGCGUUUCUGUGAGAUGCUUUUAAAGUCCUGCAGCAAGGUGACAAAGAUCCAUCUCCUCACAUCACAGGAUGAUGUUGACAGCAGCCAGCAGAACGGUGCUCUUUUAGAGCUAAAAGACAGUCUCAGUGCUCAGGGAGUGACUCUGGAUCUACAGUUCUCCUCCACCAUCCAUGACAGGGAGAUCAGGUUUGACACUGGUUGGAUUAUAAAAAUUGGAAGAGGGUUGGAUUACUUCAAGAAGCCUAAGGGUCGAUUCUCCAUCGGGUAUUGUGACUACGACCUCAGACUGUGCCACGAGACAACUGUAGACAUUUUUCACACAAAACACACAAAGAGUUUAUGAGAUGCUAAAAUUCAUUUGUAACUCAAGAAAUUGUAUUUACUUACAUUGUACUGGAUUGCCUUAACCUGACUGAAAUAAGCACCUUUAAAUGUUUUGUGUUUUGUGCAUCUGUAAAUGUCAUGUAACAAUGCUUUUUUACUGGUUUGUUUUCUGCUGUUGGGCAAAAAAAUAUAUAUAUUUUUUAAAAAGUGCCUUAAGCAUAAAAAAUGAACUCCACUGAUUUGUUGUGUUUUUAGAGGAAAAAAGUUUAACAUUUUUUUAAAUAAUUUUUUGUCACUGAUUAGCUAAUCUACAUCUAUUUUGUUGCUUUCAACUAAAAAGUUUUCACAAGGUGUAUUUUAAUAUAUUUUGGGGUUUCUGCAGCACAUAUUUAGCAUUUAGUUGGUGAAAAAAAUUUGAUUAAUUUUCUUAUUUCUUGGAUUUUGAUUAUUUUUCUUAUUUCUUGGAGUAUUUGAUUUUUACAUAUAAAACAUUCAGGGCAAAAAUAAAAACUUAAAAAUUGGUGAGAACGAGUAGUUUUCCUAUUUAAUUGCUGUGCAUGUGUGUUUGAAAGUAUUUCAACAUGUCAAGUUAUCUAUUUAGACCACAUAUCUGCCACUGACCACUAAUUCAUGUGCUCAACUUAAAAAUUUGAAUUUAGUCUUAAGAAAAUAAAAGUUCCUUUGAUUUAUAUGUUUAAUCAUCAGAUGUAUCAAAAAUGUGGAAAUCAUUUUUUUUUUCAAUUUAUUUUAUCCAUUCAUCCAUUUUCUUCACCCACUUAUCUAUGCAGGGUCGCAGGGGGGCUGGUGCCUAUCUCCAGCUGUCUUCGGGCAAACAUACAGGGUACACUCUGGACAGGUUGCCAGUCCUCCACAUGGCAACACACAGGACAAACAACCUUGCAUGCAUACACUCACACCUAAGGACAAUUUAGAAAGACCAAUUAACCUGAUGGUGCAGACAGAGGUACCCACUUGUGUUCAGGGAGAACACGCAGACUCCUUGCAGAGAGACCCCGGGCUAGGAUGUGAACCCAGAGCCUCCUUGCUACAAGGUAACGACACUAACCACUGCACCACUGGUUAGCCCAAUUGAUCUUGUACCUUUUAUAAUUGAAACCACAACCUCAAACUCUACUUUCACCUC